AGGCAUCAACACAGCCACCUACGUUGUCCUUCACUCUGGUCCUCGCUAAGUGUCCUCGGCGUCUCAACCACAGCCUCCCGAACAGGUGGUGCAUUUCACAGCGAAGUCAUCCGUGUUUAGUCUUUAACAACAUCCCAUAAAAAGAACGCGACAGAGAGGGAAAUGUGUAUUUCCUAGUGAGUCGACUUGGGUCCUGAGAGGCCGCUCCGACGACACAUCUGCCUCACGCACGCAAACAAAACCAGUUACUUAAAAAACCAGUUAAUCUCGCACAGCUGUGAUUGUCGGAGCUCCGCGACAUGAGGGCCCGUUACUUCCCCCUGGCAGUGUUUGCCAACGUCCUGUGUUUGUGUCAAAGCUACACCCUGAGGAGCUCCGUGUCCUGGGUCGUCUCCUCCAACGACGCGGUGGAGGACGCCGACCUGUCGGAGGAGGUCGCCCCGGCGUUGCUGGUGGACGGCGCGGGGCUGUGGAAGCAGGACAGCUCCGGGGAGCUGCGGGUGAAGCCGGAGAACGAGAACGUGGCGCAGCUUUCCUCUCGCUUGUUCUCGUAUCGGCUGGAGAAGGUGAAGAAGUCCGGCAGCGGCAGCCCCCCACCGCACCAGGAGACCGCCAGGACCGCCAGAUACAUCGCGCACUACAGUGACUGGGGCCACCUGGCCACCAUUUCAACCCAAGACCAGAUCAAAGGUCUCCCCUUUGGCAACAUCUUCUCAGUCAGUGAUGGAGCGCUGGACAACAGCACCGGAGUCAUCUAUUUCUAUGUGACUCCAAUGGACAACACUGUGUCCGACCUGAAGAGUAACCCCUACGCUUCGCUCACAUUCUCAGAGGCUGAGGGAGAAUUCUGCAGGAAAAUGGUGUACGACCCGGAAGAUCCAAGAUGUGCUCGACUCUCACUAACGGGCAAGAUGGUGGAGGUGGCCCCGGAGGAGCUUGGGUUUGCAAAGGAAGCCAUGUUUUCCAGACAUCCCGUGAUGGCAAAGUGGCCAGUGGGGCACAAGUGGUUCUUCAUGAAGCUGGAGUUGAUCCAGGUCUGGCUGCAGGACUGGAUUGGAGGCGUAUCACUCAUUCCACUGGAGGACUACUUUAAAGCAACGCCUUUCUGAGAACACUCCUCCCACUGCAUCAUGCCAGCCUACACAGAUCAGUCCAUCGGUCUACCCCACAGACUCUGAUAAGGGGCAAGAAUUCCCAAAGCAGCAAUUUGCAAAGAAUGUUAAAAUUUAAAUUCUUUAAAAGUGAAUAUUCUUCACUGUUGCCCUAUAAAUCAGUUCAUUAGUUUCCUUUGUUUGGUUUGUGUGAAUGUAUUUUCAUUGUUAACAAGCUCGUUAAAUCAUCACAGCUGGCAAAGUUUUACAUUAAAUAUAUUGUUUAUAAACAUUGAUUACUAAUGUUUUGGGCUACCUUAAGAUAUGUGUGCUGUUUGAAAAAUAAAUGAAUGUCAGCACACAAAAUUACCGUGACUACUUUUUAAAGUAAAUAUCAAUUGGUUGUGUUAAGUUAGCAUUUAGCCGUCAAAGAUAAUAUUUGUAAUGUCAACACGUCUGAGCUCUGUUUUUUUCAUUUUGAGACUGAAAUGUGAAUGACUGUUUGGAGUCCAAAGUUAGGUGUAGGUUUGUUUUUUUUAAUCUAGUACCUGGAAAUAACCGGGACAACUAUGCAACACUCAGUUAUUUUUUUGUUGGUUGUCAAAAACAGUUUCUUUUCAAGGUCUGUUUAGGAGAUGUUCUUGGAAUGUAAUCUAUGAAUAUACAUUGAAGUGAGAUUGUUUUGUGCAUUGUUGUUUUCCAAGGUCACAACUAAUAAACUGUUCCUUGAUAAGUAAUAUGCUUUGACAUCAAGGAUGCAAGAUCGCCUA